CCCCCGUCCACUCCUCCCCAACCCCGCCGCGUCCCGCCCGCCCUUUUACCUUUUCCACGGGCUCUAAUUUAAUCCGUCCGUCCGCGCCCCCGCCCCGUCCUCUGAUCCUCUGAUCCUCUGCUCCGCUCCUACUCCCGCCACCGUCACCGCCUCCGCCCCCUCGUGCGCGCCGCCGCCCAGCGCCUCGCAGAUGACGGCCGCCGCCGUCACGCUCUCCCUCCAAUGACCCGCGCGCAGUCCAUACCCCAGCUCGCCGCGGCGCUCCUCCUCCCCUUCCUCCUCCUGCUGCUGCUGCUCGCGCACGCGGAGGUCGCGGCCUCCACGCUCGCCGUCGCGGGGGGCUCCGCCGUCUGCGGCGUCGCCGCCGACAACGGCACCGUCUACUGCGUCGCGGCCACAGCCGGCUCGUCGGCCUACAACGCCUCCGCCUCCCCCGUCGCGCCGCAGCUCGUCUUCUCGCAGGUCUCGGGCGGCGCGGGGUUCCUCUGCGGCGUCGGCGCGGUCCCAGGCGGCGGCGGCGCACCGGGGGCGCUCUUCUGCUGGGCGCCGGCCGCGCCGGGGCAGCUCAGGCGGGUGUACAGGGGCCCUGCCCCGCUCUCGGACCUCGCCGUCGGGGCCGACCACGUCGCGGCGUACGACGGGCAGGCGCGCGGGAUCCGAUGGUGGAGGAGGGGGUCUGGCCAGUUCCCGGAGCUGGCCCUCGGCGCGUUCGGCUCCCUCGUCUCCGGCGACGGCUUCACCUGCGCGCUCCAGACCGGCAACUCCUCCUCCGCGGUCCGAUGCUGGGGCCUGCGGGGUAGCGACGUGCAGGCGGCCUUCGCCAACGUCUCCGUGUCGUCCCUCGCCGCGGGGGGCUCCCGCGCGUGCGGCGUGGUGUCGGCCACCGGCGCCGUGCUCUGCUCUGGCUUUGUUGACAAGCUCCCGCAGAACGACAUCUACCCGCACGGGCUCGCCGUCGGCGACUCCCACGCCUGCGGGCUCCGGCGGCCUAACCGCACCGCCGUGUGCUGGAACCUCGCGGGACCGACCCCCACCAUGUACUACCCGGCCUUCGGGACGGCGUUCGAGUUCCUCGUCGCCGGUGGCAACCUCACGUGCGGCCUCGUCACCGCCAACUUCACCGUGCAGUGCUGGUCGUCGACCUCGUCGGUGGUGGACAACGAGGCGGUGAUGGUGCCGUUGCCCGCGAUUCUCCCCGGCUCCUGCGUCCGCAACGAGUCCUCGUGCGAAUGCGGCGUUUACCCUCGGUCCGGAGAGCUCUGCGCGAGCGCGGGCGCGGGCGGCGGCGUUAUCUGCAAUAGGCUGUGCGACAACUCGACGCCGCCGCCGGCACCGGCGUCGCCUCCUCAGUCACCAACCACGGCUACAAAGCCAGUGUCCAAAGUCUGGAUCGCCUUCGCCGUCGUCGGCGCGGUCGGCGUCUUCGCUGGCAUCUGCUCUAUCAUCUACUGCUUCGUCUUCGGCUUCUGCAGCCACAAGAGGAUCCACAACUCCGUCCAGCCCAAUAUCGCCAGCAACGCGCCCGCUGCGGCGGCGGAUAACGUCGGUGCCGUCGGCGUCGGAGUCGGCGCCGUGGCGAGCCCCUACGGCUCGCCGAACGGGUCACGGGCGCGUGGCCUCUUCCGGCGGCAGCUCUCCCGCGCCAUGACGCGGCAGCGCAGCGGGCCGUCGUCCUUCAACUUCAAGGAGCACACCGAGGAGUACACGUUCGCGCAGCUGGCGACGGCGACGAACGGCUUCGCACCGGAGGCCAAGAUCGGCGCGGGAAGCUUCGGCACUGUUUACCGGGGCAAGCUCCCCGACGGGCGCGAGGUUGCCAUCAAGCGCGGCGAGGCGUCAGGGCCAAUGGCGCGCAAGUUCCAGGAGAAGGAGAGCGCGUUCCGGUCGGAGCUGGCCUUCCUCUCCCGCCUCCACCACAAGCACCUGGUCGGCCUGGUGGGCUACUGCGAGGAGAACGACGAGCGGCUGCUGGUGUACGAGUACAUGAAGAACGGCGCGCUCUACGACCACCUCCACCCCAAGGGCGGCGGCGCCGACGCCGACGCGGCGUCGCCGGUGGUGUCGUCGUGGAAGCUGCGCAUCAAGAUCCUGCUGGACGCGUCGCGGGGCAUCGAGUACCUGCACUCGUACGCCGUGCCGCCCAUCAUCCACCGCGACAUCAAGUCGUCCAACAUCCUGCUGGACGGCGGGUGGGUGGCGCGCGUGUCGGACUUCGGGCUGUCGCUGAUGGGCCCGCCGGAGACGGAGGAGGCGGGCGGCGCGCAGGCGCCGCAGCAGCACCUGUCCAUGAAGGCCGCCGGCACGGUGGGGUACAUGGACCCGGAGUACUACGGCCUGCACCACCUCACCGUGAAGAGCGACGUGUACGGCUUCGGCGUGGUGAUGCUGGAGACGCUAACGGGGAAGCGCGCCAUCUUCAAGGAGGCCGAGGGCGGGAGCCCCGUGAGCGUGGUGGACUACGCGCAGCCGAGCAUCGUGGCCGGGGAGCUCGGCAAGGUGCUGGACGGGCGCGCGCCGGAGCCCUCGCCGCACGAGGCCGAGGCCGUCGAGCUGGUGGCGUACACGGCCGUGCACUGCGUGCGGCUCGAGGGCAAGGACCGGCCGGCGAUGGCCGACAUCGUGGCCAACCUAGAGACGGCGUUCGCGCUCUGCGAGGGCAGCGCGGGCGGCAGCCGCGGCGCCGGCGGCACCACCACGGGCGGCGGCUUCGGCAACAGCUCGUCCAGCGCCAGCCUCUCCAUGACGUCCAUGGAGCUGUCGGGACGGCUCGCGGAGUAGCUAAAUCCCUUCGUGAAAAUUCGAAUCCAGGAGUUUCAAAUUGUGAUUAGCCCGGGAAGGAGGAGGCGAGGUCCUUGGAUCGUAAUCCGUUUGUUAGUUCAUUGAUUUUUGAUUUGAGGGUAGAUUUUGGAACCGGAGAGGUCUCUCUCUGUGUGUGUGAUCUGUGCUGUGAUUAUCUCGCUCAUCUCACACAUUUUGUUCUUGGUGGAUGUACAUGAUCGUAUUGAACUGA